CCCAACCUCAAGUCGUCUCUUCAGACGAAGGAACUCAAAGGCACGACGUCUACCAAGACGUCCUCCUAUGGCCAGCUGCCCACUCAUUAGUUUCCCUUCCUUAUCACUAGCAGACGCCAUAUCAGAGGCAGAGUCCAAGCUACAGCUGACCCAACCCUUUGACCUCGGCCGCAAGUGCGGCGCUCACCCACGACAUGGCAAACGAUCCUCAACCAGAUCCUUACAAUUAUGGUGUCGUGGUACAUGAGGCCCCAAAAUUCGAUCUUGCCGCGUACAUCUCCAACUACAAAGGUCGAACCGUGUUCCGGCGACUUCACCUGAUUGCAUCAUGUUCUACGGUCCUGGCAGAGGAGGCCGCCCGAAUGGCGGUGCUCGAGGCGAAGAAAGGUAGCGAUGUACGGAACUAUCUGGAGUCGUUGGCCCUGCUGGAGCGGGUAUCAAAGGGCAGGAACCUAGGCCACUUGCUUGACCCAGCAUGGGCGUCUCAGCAAGAGAAGAAGAAUACAGCCGAAACCGCCCGCCUGGAAAGCGAAUUGAAGGGAUACAAGAACAAUCUGAUCAAGGAGAGCAUACGAGUGAGUUGGAAGCACCGAUGCUGCGCCGUGGGGGAACAUCCACUGACUGUUCUUCCAGAUGGGAAACGAAGAUCUGGGUACGCAUUACUAUACCAUUGGGGACCUGAACAAUGCAGUCAAAGCCUACUCCCGCAUGCGAGACUACUGCACCACCACUGCUCAUAUCACUUCCACUGCGUUCCGAAUCAUUGCCGUGGCGAUCGAACAGCGCAAUUGGUUGGCUGUCCAGUCUCAGGUACAGAAGGUCAAGAACAUUCAACUCAAGCCAGAGGACAUGACAAGGAAUCAACCGAAAAUCCAAGCGGCCUCGGGUCUUCAGCAAAUGUCGAAUGGUCACUAUCGGGAGGCUGCCAACAGCUUCCUCAGUACUGACCCCAGUUUGGGAGAUAAUUACAGUGAUGUUUUGACGAGCAACGAUGUUGCCGUCUAUGGUGGCCUCUGCGCGCUGGCGUCCAUGACUCGUUCGGAACUGCAGACCAAAGUGCUAGAAAACAACAGCUUUCGCAAUUUCCUUGAACUAGAGCCUCACAUCCGCCGGGCCAUCAGUUUCUUCUGUGCAAGCAAAUACAGUCAAUGUCUGGAAAUCCUUGAAUCCUAUCGGGCGGAUUAUCUCCUGGACAUCUAUUUACAGCCUCUCGUCAGAGACAUUUACACGAAAAUCCGAACCAAGAGUAUCGUUCAAUAUUUGGAGCCUUUCAGCAAGGUCACCUUGGCAAGCAUGGAGCGGAUGUUUGGGAGGGCUGCCCUGUCCAACGGAGCCGCAAACGGAGCCGCCACCGGACCAGAUUUCCUCAGUGAGAUUGUUUCUCUGAUUCAACAGGGCCGGCUCGGUGCCCGAAUAGACAUGGAGCAAGGAGUCCUGGAAACCGUCCAACACGAUCCGCGUGCUGAGGCCCAGCAGACGGCGCUAGACAUGGUGGACGCGUUUGUUCGCGAAGCCCGUAUGAAACUGAUUCGCUUGCAAGUCAUCAAUGCCGGGCUUGAAGUCAGGCCGCCGCCCAAGAAGAAAUCAUGGGGUAUGGAUCAAGGGGAUGGCACAUGGGACGAGGGCGAUGCAGCUUUCUUAGGCCCGGGAGGCCGAGACAUCGUUGGCAACGAUUUCGAAGGAGUGACCUACUCUCAACGCAAAGGCGGAUAGGAUCAGUCACGUAAGCGGAAGAGGGCGAAUUGAGCAAUGAAACGAAAACACGAAUCCUGGAGCGCAAUUUCUCCGUCAAUCUGGACAUGCCUCCAAUUCCUACCGACCACCCGGUGACCUGAGCGAGGACAAAAUCACCGCAUGCUAUUGCGCAGCAGAAGCCGACAUGGCAAGAUGAUGGCCAAUUCCUUUUACCGGAGAAGAUCCGCGUCAGGUCGUCGGGUUGCUCCUAGUGGGGUCUUCUUUUUCCGAGGGGGUCUUUUUGUUGUUGCUCAGAUGGAGGGCCUGAUACGGCACCGUGGGAGCAGCAUGACGGGGAUGAGGGAACGGGUCACGAAAGGGCACUAGCAUCCAUGAUGUCAAGUCCAGGAUCCCAGAUGUUUGGUGCAUUAGCGGCAGGGACGACGAUAUCACGACUGGGGAUUUAGUUUUUGCGAAGCCCGAAAGCUAGGCCAUUGAAACUGGUUGCUGGUUGUGGGAUACGGUCCUUCCUUUUCCUUGCUGUCUCUUCCGGUCAACACUCGGUUCCUUGUACCCACGGUCCACCCGCCGUCUUUAGUAGUGUCUAGGGUGCUCUGUACCGUGUGGGAACUGUUUGCCCAUAAGUUGUGACCGGCCAACCCAGAUUCGUCGCUGGGAACAUUGCACCGAAUUGAGCGGCCAAACCGUCAGUGCAGCUCCAUCGAGCAGGCUUAGUAACCCCGAGAAGGCCGAGUUAUCACGUAUUACUACUUGUAGGGAUUAUAAUAUUG